GCAACUUCCAUUCGUAGUUCUACACCGAUAUGAAUUCGAAGAUAAUUUAUGUGUUGUUAGUUAUUGAAAUUAAAAUAACCGCUGGAGCAUUUGGACCUAAGGUGGGACCUUACAAUAUUGAAUUUGAAACUUUAAUGAAAUGUGAAGACGAAGGUUCUGGAAAAAUAGUGUUUGCCACCAGAAUAACGUCUGCUGGAAAUGGAACAUUUUUCUACAAUGAAAACUUCACCCUCGGUGUUCCAAUAGACGAAAACUCUAAGGGAAUAAUGGAACUUCAGAAAUGGGGGAACGGUGGAUGGCGGAAGAGGUCAAUGAUGUACACGAUCAAAAACUGUGAUGAACUUUGGAAAAUGAUCGGAGACAAGAUGCUUGACUUUUUCCAGUUUUCAAACUCAAGCGUUAUGGGGUGCCCUAUUCCACAGGGCACCUACAAAGUAGAGAAUUGGCCUCUACAUUUGGAAACAGAAAAGGUAGUUCCUGUGAUGGAGUAUGGGAAAUAUAGAUGGAUCAUGAAAAUUUACUAUUCGAAAGAGUUUGUAGGCUGCAUAAUGGGAGUAUUAAACAUUGUGCCGAAAUAGUUACAUCAAUGUACUGCUUAUACUCUUACUUGUUCAUGAAUAUGUCAGAAUAAUCACAGUUCUAAUAGUGAACAACAUUAAUUACAAAUUACAUUCAAUGCCUUAGUCACUAAUGUCUUGGACUAUAAUUCAUUCAUGAAAAUGUUAGUAUA